UCGCGGUGCCACCAGCGGCAUCAGCAGCAACAUCAGCAGCGGCAUCAUCAGCAGCGGCAGCAGCAGCAGCGGCAGCAUCAGCAGCAUCAUCAGCAGCGGCAGUGGCAUCAGCGGCAGUGGCAUCAGCGGCAGCAUCAGCAGCAGCGGCGGCAGUGGCAUCACCCGCACUCCACACACUGUACCAGUGACACACACAUCACACGUGUCCGCACUGUACCAGUGACACACUGCAUGCACACACACACACUGACACCUACACACACACACUGUGACACCUACACACACACACACUGUGACACCUACACACACACACACCGUGACCCCAACACACACACACACACCGUGACCCCAACACACACACACACACUGUGACACACACACUGUGACACCUACACACACACACACUGUGACACCUACACACACACACACCGUGACCCCAACACACACACACCACACCGUGACCCCAACACACGCACAGAGAGAGACAACGCGAUACAAGAAAGGACACCAUGGCUGACGAGGCGUUUGUGACGCUGGCGACCAACGACUCCUACGCCAAGGGGGCGCUGGUGCUGGCUCACUCGCUACGGCAGCAGGGCACCACGCGACAACUCGUCAUCCUGGUCACACCACACGUGUCGGCAGCCUACCGCUCUGCGCUGGGCGUGGCCUACGACCUGGUGCAGCCUGUGGACGUGAUGGACUCUGGCGACGCGGCCCACCUGGCCCUGAUGGAGCGCCCCGAGCUCGGGGUGACGCUCACCAAGAUCCACUGCUGGGCGCUCACCCAGUACACCAAGGCCGUCUUCAUGGACGCAGACACCCUGGCCGUGGCCCCGCUGGAUGACCUCUUUGAGCGCGAGGAGCUGUCGGCGGCUCCCGACCCCGGUUGGCCGGACUGCUUCAACUCGGGCCUCUUCGUGUUCCGCCCCUCGCUGGACACGUACGCACAGCUGCUGGAACUCGCUCGCUCCACCGGCAGCUUCGAUGGGGGUGACCAGGGCCUGCUGAACACGUUCUUCAGCGGCUGGGCCACGGAGAACAUCGACCGCCACCUCCCGUUCACCUACAACCUGAGCAUCGCGUCAGUGUACUCUUACCUGCCAGCCUACAAACGAUUUGGUGGCGAUGUCAAGGUGGUCCACUUCCUGGGUGCGGUGAAGCCCUGGCACUGCCGCUACGACUCCACGUCCGGCACCGUCUCCUCCUCCUCCUCGGACCUCACGCAGCAGCACCAGCAGCAGCAGCAGCUGCCCCACCAGCUGCCCCACCACGCCAACUUCCUGCAGCGCUGGUGGCAGCUGUUCCACGCCAGCGUGUUGCCCACGCUGCCCGCGGACGCCGCCGCUGCGGCCGUGGCGCAAGCGGCCGCCGGCGUAGAGGUUUCGUCUCUGCAGUCGGCGCUGUCGGCGCUGGCCGUGGCUCCUGGCGCCGGCUCCUCGCAGCAGGAGCAGCAGCAGCAGCAGCAGCAGCAGGAGCACGAGGAGCGCAGGCGGAGGCAGCAGUGGGAGAGUGGACAGGCCGACUACCUGGGAGCGGACGCAUUCAAGCACAUCCAGCGCAAGCUCGACUCGCAGCUCAAGUGACGCGGCGGGGGCCAGGGUGGGGGAGGUGGGGGGGGAGGCCAUAGUGGGCCCAUAGUGGGCCCGUAGUUGGCCCUAUAGUUGGCCCUAUAGUUGGUCCUAUAGUUGGCCCUAUAGUGGGGUCAUAGUGGGGCCUACUUGGCCCUCUCGUCCAACUGGCUGACCGACCGCUCAUUUGUACACUCACUCGCUCACUCAACCAUUCACUCAACCACUCGCUCACUCACUCAACCACUCACUCAUUCAACUACUCACUCACUCAACCAUUCACUCACUCACUCUACCACUCACUCACUCAACCACUCACUCACUCAACCACUCACUCACUCAACCACUCACUCACUCAACCAUUCACUCAACUACUCACUCACUCACUCACUCUACCACUCACUCACUCAACCACUCACUCACUCAACCACUCACUCACUCAACCACUCGCUCACUCACUCAGCCACUCAUUCACUCACUCAACCACUCACUCACUCACUCAGCCACUCACUCACUCAACCACUCACCCACACGCUCACCCACCCACAUGCUCUCCCACUCUCCCAUCCACACGCUCACCCACCCACACUCACCCCCACAACCCCCUUGUGGUGCCACGUGGUACCACGCGGUGCCGCGUGGUGCCACGUGGACAUUCCACAUUCCCAUGGCGGGUGACAGUCUGUCCACGAUGCAUCCACCCACCACUGAAUGUUUACCCCGAAAUCAAGUGGUGCUGUGAAUCACGUGGUGAUGGUAGUGGUGGUGAUGGUGAUGGUGGUGAUGGUGAUGGUGGUGAUGGGCAUUAUGUUGGUGAUGGGCAUUAUGUUGGUGAAGUUGGCGAUGGUGAUUGUGGUUUUUAAUGGUAGCGAUUGUGGUGAUCAUGGUGAUGAUCUCCAUCAAGAUGAUGGCAAUGUUAAAGGUGAUAAUGAUGAUAAUGGUGGUGGUGGUUUUGAACGCUGGAACCUCAACCGGACCCAUAUAGAGACCCAUAUAGAGACCCAUAUAGAGACCCAUAUAGAGACCCAUAUAGAGACCCAUAUAGAGACCCAUAUAGAGACCCAUAUAGAGACCCAUAUAGAGACCCAUAUAGAGACCCAUAUAGAGACCCAUAUAGAGACCCAUAUAGAGACCCAUAUAGAGACCCAUAUAGAGACCCAUAUAGAGACC